AUGGCUACUCCUCAAGGUUUUCCACCUUGGUGGUCUUACAUCUCCUUUUCCAUUGACGUAGCGGCAACUCUGGAUUUAUACUGUGAUGGGGGUGACGAGGCCAUGUUGCAAAAGUUGGAUGGUCUCGAGGAUAGGAAAUAUUCUGGUUACUGUAUGGAUGUUCAAAUUCCACGUGAACCCACGUACCACGUUAUCAGCGUUAGGCCACUGCAACAGGGCCUCACCAAGCCACAUCCCCGGAGACCCCAGCAUGCAAGGCCUACCAUGUGUGUCCCCAUCUUCCCCACGACGGCCCAUCCUAGGUCCAGGGAACCGCUGGAAGUGACGAAGCCACUGUCAUGGGACAACUGCUAUCAUCCUACCUGCCACGACGUUCGCGUACGUAUACGAACGGAAAGGCGGGACUAUUGCCAGUCAUCAUAUGUGAAAGGGCACUUUUCUCCCCAGCUCUGCAAAGCCUUCGAGGAGGAUGUACGCUAUCGACAAUUCCUUCAUGCUGGCCUAGACGAUGAUCAGAUCCUUCGAAUUCUUGACGGUCAAGAAUCCGCCCCCGCUACAGAUGUGCCGGACGAUGCAUCGGAGACUGAUAGUCUAGCCAGCCAGAUGUUUCUGGCUAAGCUACCAGGCUCCGAUAACCUCGAAGAAGAACUGUGCUUCGUGCCCAUUAUGCGUUUUGACCACGUCCUGUCGAACGUCCCAGGAAUAGCCGCUCUGUCACAGCUAUGUGGAGACCUAGAUCUUUUCCAAGAAAUUGUGCAGGAGUAUCAACUUGCGCGGUACGGAUCGGUCCUUUUCGACUCGCCAGGGGAUCUGCCAAUUGAUGAGACUCCUGUUCGUGACGACGUUUCAUCGGUUUAUACUGUAUACACUGUAGCGUCGGCGGAAUCUCGCGCAAGCUCGACGGAAGAUUUGAGCUCUGAUUCUCCGGACUCUCACGAACUGGACUUAUCGUUAGAAGAGUCUCCCCGGGUCCCAGUGCCGGUGCCUGCUCGGAAAGGAAAAUGGAGUCAAGUCGCUCCUCCGGAGGGCGAUCACCAAUUUUGUCGAGGUCUUCAAGUGGCGCAAGGUUUCUCGCAAGUUGUAAUUUGGUCUGCGGGGAUAGACCCAAUCACCUCACCUUCGUUUUAUUAUAUACAUUAUUUUGUAUCGCUAAUACUAUUGUACAACUUACACUCUCUUAACCCUAAGUUGCGACUCGGUCUGCAGGACAGACCCACAAAACUUUCCAUCUCUUUAAUAUAUUAACGCGUUUUCUUGUACAUAAAUAAUAUUAU